AAAUUUAUUAAAACGAUGACGCUUUCGAUUGUGUCGUGUGUCAAUUCGAUUUCAUAUGUGCAGCAAAGAUUCUAGAGCGGAGCUUUUGACGUGCAGUGCAGUGCCUGCCUGAACAUUUCACACAGACUGUAGCCUACACACCACACCUGAUAUGCGAUUAUUUUUAAUAUUUCGCAUACUAUUUCGUGCUCACCUCACACAGGUUCACACAACUGUCUGUUGACUUCUGAGUUAAUUAUAGAGUUUACUUCAUGUAAGUAAGUUUCGUCUUGUGACGCUAACAUAGCCUAGGCUAGGCCUACUCAACGGAUAACAUGUUGGAUUAAGUCAUCUUCAUUUCCAAACCUAGAGAAUGUACACGUAUGUAGAAGAUAAGGAUGAAGGGAGACUGAGGUAGGAGCUGACUCCUGGUCUGCAGGACCGACGACCGCACCGCCAUCUGGAGUGAUCGCUGGUGCGGCCUCCAGAGCAGCAUCUGGCUGUGGCUCUGAUGGAGAGGCCCAUUCAUCCCUUCCCAGAUGUGUCCCGCGGCAUUCCGGGUGAUCUGGAAGCCUCCAUCUCCUGAGUCCAAUUUAAUUAUCUGCGACUCUCCCACACUGCAAUCCGCUUGAUUUUGAGGCAUCUCCCAAAUGGACUACAAAUAUGGCCGCCUUAGCCUCCCUGCCCAGGCUGAGGACUACAGAAGAGAGCCUAUCCUGCAAAAUGCAGGCAAUAGGUCGAUGAGCCUGUUGGCUCUAGUGGAGGGGAACAGAGGGCAAUGGUGGCCCUGGGGCAACAAGAAGGCCAAGCUUUAUAGUUUCCUGUUUGGACUGACAGUGGCCUUUCUGAUCACAGCAUCCUAUGUCCUUAAUGGUGACAAGAAGGGAAUUAGUCUCCUGCUGACCCCAUCGCCAUACCACUUCCAGGUUGUGAGCAAUACAGGACAUCACCCUUAUAACCUGACCUUUGACAGAGACUAUGCUGGUGUUAAAGAGGUGGUGAAGAGCAUUGUAGCCAAAGUGGAGUUCAGCCAUCGAAGAGUGCCUGAUCUCAAAGAACUGCUGGAAAGUGAACCACAUAUAUUCUCCGUCAUCCCCCGUAAGUUCCUCACCAGCAUCAAAAAUCCUUGCUGGUACGAGGAGCAUAUUGGGAAUGCCACUGCUGACGCCUACGGGAAGAACGUGUACACCCUCUACUCACGCCGCUUCCAGGCCAUCUACAAAUACCUGAGGAAUGCUUUGAUGGAACAUCUGUACGAGCACGGAGGGAAACGGUACCGCCUGCGAUGCCUCCCUUACUUCUAUAUCAUGGGCCAGCCGAAGUGUGGCACUACGGACCUGUACGACCGGCUACGCCGGCACCCUGACGUCCGCUUCACAACUAUGAAGGAGCCCCACUGGUGGACCAGAAGAAGAUUUGGUAUCAUUAGGCUGAGUGAUGCCUUCCAGGCCCGCUACCCCAUGAAGGACUACCUGGAUCUGCUUGACCUGGCAGCUUUUCAGAUUCACGACAAUCUCUUGGGGAACCGAUCCAAAGGUCGCACCAAGCGGGAUAUCAUUAUUGGUGAGGCCAGUGCAUCAACUAUGUGGGACAACAAUGCCUGGGUGUAUUUCUACCAUAACGGGACAGAGGAGGAGCCGCCAUUCUUGGUGCUGGACUUCAUUCAUGCUGUUCAACCUGAUGCCAAAUUUAUUGUGAUGCUCAGAGAUCCAGUAGAGAGACUCUACUCUGAUUACUUGUACUUCGGCCUGGCCAACAAGUCCGUGGAGGACUUCCACGAGAGGGUGUCCGAGUCCCUGCAGCUGUUGGAGACGUGCCUGUCUGAGAGCUCCCUGCGUUCCUGCGUCUACAAUACCUCCCUCAAUGUGGCCAUGCCCGUAAGACUCCAGGUUGGCCUGUACAUAGUGUAUUUACUGGACUGGCUGUCAGUGUACAGCAAAGAGCAGAUCUUAGUGCUUCGCCUGGAGGAUCAUGCAGCCAACUGCAAAAAAACAAUGCACAAAGUCUUCAAAUUCCUCAGUUUAGGACCUCUGUCGGAAGAGAAGGAGGCUGAAAUCACUAAGAGUCCAGCUUCCAACACCAGGAGAAAAGCUGACCUGAACCUGGGACCCAUGUUGCCUGUGACAAGGGACAUCCUCCAGCAGUUUUAUUGGCCCUUCAACCAGAGACUAGCCAAGAUGCUUCAAGACAAGGCCUUCCUAUGGACACAGUCCUGAGAAGAUGAACCAGUUUGUCUUUGGAACAGCAUUUCCAUAUAGAUGGCUUUUAGGAGACCUCCAAAUGGAGACACUCCACUGUGACAGAGAUGCAAAAUGCUUCUAAAGACAAAAAUAAAUCCCUAUCAUUAUAGGUAUGUAUGGA